CCAAAUCUCACAAUGGGGGAGUGUGCGUGUGUGCAGAGCCUAAAACUAAAAUGAAAGAGGGCGAAAAAGGAAUAGUGGAAGAAGAAGAAAUUAGUAAGGAGAAGGAGGAGAAGGUAUGCAAGAGGUGCAAACAAACAUACAGUCCCUCAUCCAAUAGCCCAUCCUCUUGCCGUUUUCAUCCUUCCUUCUUUGUCUGUCGUCGUCACGACGAUCAGAAAAGGUACUACGAAUUGGGACCUGAUGAUCCUCCCUAUGCUGCCAAGUUCUAUGAUUGUUGUGGAGCGGAGGAGCCUGAUGCAUCUGGCUGCACUACCAGUUUCCAUGUUUCUUAUGAUGAUGACUUAUGAAGUAUUCCUCUUCUUCACAACUCAAUCUUUACUGUAGAUUAAAUAUUUACAAAGAUACGACUAUACUCUCUCCUGAAUAUAAAUAUUUUUCUUCUUUUGUAAUUGGUAGUCUUUUUGUUUAUUAUAUGUAACAUUGGAGGACUUGUUAUGCAUUUUAGAUGCUUCA